AUGCUUGUGUUGAGCACAGUAAGAAUAGCAUUGGAUAAUGCUAGUGUUGAGCACAGUAGAAUAGCAUUGAUAAUGCUUGUGUUUGUGCCAGUCUAAAACCAGAGAGCCAGUAGAAUAGCAUUGAUAAUGCUUGUGUUGAGCACAGUAGAAUAGCAUUGAUAAUGCUUGUGUUGAGCACAGUAGAAUAGCAUUGAUAAUGCUAGUGUUGAGCACAGUAGAAUAGCAUUGAUAAUGCUUGUGUUGAGCACAGUAGAAUAGCAUUGAUAAUGCUAGUGUUGAGCACAGUAGAAUAGCAUUGAUAAUGCUAGUGUUGAGUACAGUAGAAUAGCAUUGAUAAUGCUAGUGUUGAGCACAGUAGAAUAGCAUUGAUAAUGCUAGUGUUGAGCACAGUAGAAUAGCAUUGAUAAUGCUUGUGUUGAGUACAGUAGAAUAGCAUUGAUAAUGCUAGUGUUGAGCACAGUAGAAUAGCAUUGAUAAUGCUAGUGUUGAGCACAGUAGAAUAGCAUUGAUAAUGCUUGUGUUGAGUACAGUAGAAUAGCAUUGAUAAUGCUAGUGUUGAGCACAGUAGAAUAGCAUUGAUAAUGCUUGUGUUGAGCACAGUAGAAUAGCAUUGAUAAUGCUAGUGUUGAGCACAGUAGAAUAGCAUUGAUAAUGCUAGUGUUGAGCACAGUAGAAUAGCAUUGAUAAUGCUUGUGUUGAGCACAGUAGAAUAGCAUUGAUAAUGCUAGUGUUGAGCACAGUAGAAUAGCAUUGAUAAUGCUUGUGUUGAGCACAGUAGAAUAGCAUUGAUAAUGCUAGUGUUGAGCACAGUAGAAUAGCAUUGAUAAUGCUUGUGUUGAGCACAGUAGAAUAGCAUUGAUAAUGCUUGUGUUGAGCACAGUAGAAUAGCAUUGAUAAUGCUAGUGUUGAGCACAGUAGAAUAGCAUUGAUAAUGCUUGUGUUUGUGCCAGUCUAAAACCAGAGAGCCAGUAGAAUAGCAUUGAUAAUGCUUGUGUUGAGCACAGUAGAAUAGCAUUGAUAAUGCUUGUGUUGAGCACAGUAGAAUAGCAUUGAUAAUGCUAGUGUUGAGCACAGUAGAAUAGCAUUGAUAAUGCUUGUGUUGAGCACAGUAGAAUAGCAUUGAUAAUGCUAGUGUUGAGCACAGUAGAAUAGCAUUGAUAAUGCUAGUGUUGAGUACAGUAGAAUAGCAUUGAUAAUGCUAGUGUUGAGUACAGUAGAAUAGCAUUGAUAAUGCUAGUGUUGAGUACAGUAGAAUAGCAUUGAUAAUGCUAGUGUUGAGCACAGUAGAAUAGCAUUGAUAAUGCUAGUGUUGAGCACAGUAGAAUAGCAUUGAUAAUGCUUGUGUUUGUGCCAGUCUAAAACCAGGAGCAGCAGUAGAAUAGCAUUGAUAAUGCUUGUGUUGAGCACAGUAGAAUAGCAUUGAUAAUGCUUGUGUUGAGCACAGUAGAAUAGCAUUGAUAAUGCUAGUGUUGAGCACAGUAGAAUAGCAUUGAUAAUGCUUGUGUUGAGCACAGUAGAAUAGCAUUGAUAAUGCUAGUGUUGAGUACAGUAGAAUAGCAUUGAUAAUGCUAGUGUUGAGUACAGUAGAAUAGCAUUGAUAAUGCUAGUGUUGAGUACAGUAGAAUAGCAUUGAUAAUGCUAGUGUUGAGCACAGUAGAAUAGCAUUGAUAAUGCUUGUGUUGAGCACAGUAGAAUAGCAUUGAUAAUGCUAGUGUUGAGUACAGUAGAAUAGCGUUGAUAAUGCUUGUGUUUGUGCCAGUCUAAAACCAGAGAGCCAGUAGAAUAGCAUUGAUAAUGCUUGUGUUUGUGCCAGUCUAAAACCAGAGAGCCAUACUGAGACCUGGUUGUGUGUGCUGCAGUUGAAUAGCCCCGGCUGAUGAUGAGCCUAAUGGUCUGAUUCAGAGGCUGUGUGUCCCAAAUGGCACAAUGUUCCCUACAUAGUGCACUAGGGCCCAUAUCGUUCUGGUCAAAAGAAGGGCACUUCUGGGACAUAACCUCUAAUACAGAUAGGAUUGACGUCAACACAAUAGAGGCACGGUGAUCUAAUGAAGUAGCGCCAUAACGCUGCUCAUUUCACACAUCUAAAAAUAUCUAUUUUGGGAUUAAAAUCCUUCUUUUGUUCACAUACACACACACACUGUGUAUGGAUAAAGAGUUGUCCAUUUAAAAUAAUUAUUAUGAAUUAAUUUGCUUCUAUUGGACUCAGAGAAGGAUUUACUGAUAAAACAUUUGUCCUUUCUGCUGAAUGUAAUGUAGACGGUACGCUACUUCCUUCUUACAUCCUUCAAUCAAUCAAUCAAAUGUAUUUAUAAAGCACUUUUAUUAUCUCACUGUUUUGGCACCUGGCUUAGUGUAGCUUGUCAGCUGCUGAAUUCACAAGUCAAUCAAUCAAUCAAUCAAAUGUAUUUAUAAAGCCCUUUUUAUAUCAGCAGAUGUCACAAAGUGCCAUACAGAAACCCAGCCUAAAACCCCAAACAGCAGCAAUGCAGAUGGAGAAGCACGGUGGCUAGGAAAAACUCCCUAGAAAGGCAGGAACCUAGGAAGAAACCUGGAGAGGAACCAGGCUCUGAGGGGUGGCCAGUCCUCUACUGGCUGUACUGGGUAGAGAGGAACCAGGCUCUGAGGGGUGGCCAGUCCUCUUCUGGCUGUACUGGGUAGAGAGGAACCAGGCUCUGAGGGGUGGCCAGUCCUCUUCUGGCUGUACUGGGUAGAGAGGAACCAGGCUCUGAGGGGUGGCCAGUCCUCAUCUGGCUGUACUGGGUAGAGAAGAACCAGGCUCUGAGGGGUGGCCAGUCCUCAUCUGGCUGUACUGGGUAGAGAGGAACCAGGCUCUGAGGGGUGGCCAGUCCUCUUCUGGCUGUACUGGGUAGAGAGGAACCAGGCUCUGAGGGGUGGCCAGUCCUCUUCUGGCUGUACUGGGUAGAGAGGAACCAGGCUCUGAGGGGUGGCCAGUCCUCUUCUGGCUGUACUGGGUAGAGAGGAACCAGGCUCUGAGGGGUGACCAGUCCUCUUCUGGCUGUGCCAGGUGGAGAUUAUAACAGUACAUGGCCAUUAAGGCCAGAUUUUUCUCCAAGAUGUUCAAACGUUCAUAGAUGACCAGCAGGGUAAAAUAAUAAUCACAGUGGUUGUAACAGGUCAGUAAAUCAAGAGUAAAUGUCACUUGGCUUUUCAUAGCCAGGCAUUUAUAGGUUGAAAUAGCCAGUGCGGUAGAGAGAGAGAGUUGAAAACAGCAGGUCUGGGACAAGGUAGCACGUCCGGUGAACAGGUCAGGGUUCCCUAGCCGCAGGCAGAAGAGUGGAAACUGGAGCAGCAGCACGACCAGGUGGACUGGGGACAGCCAGGAGUCAUCAGGCCAGGUAGUCCUGAGGCAUGGUCCUAGGUCUCAGGUCCUCUGGGAGGGGAGGGGGAGAGAGACAGCCAGGAGUCAUCAGGCCAGGUAGUCCUGAGGCAGGGUCCUAGGUCUCAGGUCCUCUGGGAGGAGAGGGGGAGAGAGACAGCCAGGAGUCAUCAGGCCAGGUAGUCCUGAGGCAGGGUCCUAGGUCUCAGGUCCUCCGGGAGGAGAGGGGGAGAGAGAGAGAUUAGAGGGAGCAUACUUAAAUCUACACAGGACACCGGACACAUCCUUGAAUCCACUCUGGGAAUAAGACACAUCCUUGAAUCCACUCUGGGAAUAAGACACAUCCUUGUAUCCACUCUGGGAAUAAGACACAUCCUUGUAUCCACUCUGGGAAUAAGACACAUCCUUGUAUCCACUCUGGGAAUAAGACACAUCCUUGUAUCCACUCUGGGAAUAAGUCAUUCAAUGGUGAUAACCACCAUUAAUAAUUUGUAAUAUAUCUUAAUUCUCUAACUAUGAGAAUAAUCCACACUUAGUUUCACAAUGUGGAAAGGAUUGUCCUUUCAUCUACUGACUCCUUAGAUCCUCUCUUGGAGAAAGACAUAACCUCCCUGUUAUCAUCGACUUCACUACAAUGAAGUUAUUUUUCUCCUAAUUAGGGUAUAUUCUAUCUGGAGUAGACAGUGUCUGUUAGCCUGCCCACCAAUCAGACUGGACCAAUGUACUAGACAGUGUCUGUUAGCCUGCCCACCAAUCAGACUGGACCAAUGUACUAGACCGUGUCUGUUAGCCUGCCCACCAAUCAGCUGGAACAAACCAAGACCUACUUUAAAAAACUUUAAAUAGACAGAUUGUUAUGCUAGGAAUUAUGACUUUUCAUUGGUGAACGAAUGAUGACUUUUCAUUGGUGAAGGAAUAUUGCCUUUCCAUUGGUGAAGGCAUUGGGUUGUGGGCCCUUUAAUAAAUGGGGCAUUAUUAUUCGGCAGCAUUUUGCAAAGGCCACUCCUACAAUAUUUGUUUACUGCUGUUAUACUGUUCAGUAGGUCUGUCUAUACUGUUCAGUAGGUCUGUCUAUACUGUUCAGUAGGUCUGUCUAUACUGUUCAGUUACCAGUAGGUCUGUCUAUACUGUUCAGUUACCAGUAGGUCUGUCUAUACUGUUCAGUUACCAGUAGGUCUGUCUAUACUGUUCAGUAGGUCUGUCUAUACUGUUCAGUAGGUCUGUCUAUACUGUUCAGUUACCAGUAGGUCUGUCUAUACUGUUCAGUAGGUCUGUCUAUACUGUUCAAUUUCCAGUAGGUCUGUAUAUACUGUUCAAUUACCAGUAGGUCUGUCUAUACUGUUCAAUUACCAGUAGGUCUGUCUAUACUGUUCAAUUACCAGUAGGUCUGUCUAUACUGUUCAGUUACCAGUAGGUCUGUCUAUACUGUUCAGUAGGUCUGUCUAUACUGUUCAGUUACCAGUAGGUCUGUCUAUACUGUUCAGUAGGUCUGUCUAUACUGUUCAGUUACCAGUAGGUCUGUCUAUACUGUUCAGUAGGUCUGUCUAUACUGUUCAAUUUCCAGUAGGUCUGUCUAUACUGUUCAGUUACCAGUAGGUCUGUCUAUACUGUUCAGUAGGUCUGUCUAUACUGUUCAGUUACCAGUUGGUCUGUCUAUACUGUUCAGUAGGUCUGUCUAUACUGUUCAGUUACCAGUAGGUCUGUCUAUACUGUUCAGUAGGUCUGUCUAUACUGUUCAAUUUCCAGUAGGUCUGUCUAUACUGUUCAGUUACCAGUAGGUCUGUCUAUACUGUUCAGUAGGUCUGUCUAUACUGUUCAGUUACCAGUAGGUCUGUCUAUACUGUUCAGUAGGUCUGUCUAUACUGUUCAGUUACCAGUAGGUCUGUCUAUACUGUUCAGUAGGUCUGUCUAUACUGUUCAGUUACCAGUAGGUCUGUCUAUACUGUUCAGUUUUCAGUAGGUCUGUCUAUACUGUUCAAUUUCAUGUAGGUCUGUCUAUACUGUUCAGUUUCAUGUAGGUCUGUCUAUACUGUUCAGUUUCAUGUAGGUCUGUCUAUACUUUUCAGUUUAAAGGAGGUCUGUAUAUACUGUUCAGUUACCAGUAGGUCUGUCUAUACUGUUCAGUUUCCUGUAGGUCUGUCUAUACUGUUCAGUUUAAAGGAGGUCUGUAUAUACUGUUCAGUUACCAGUAGGUCUGUCUAUACUGUUCAGUUUCCAGUAGGUCUGUCUAUACUGUUCAGUUUCAUGUAGGUCUGUCUAUACUGUUCAGUUUCAUGUAGGUCUGUCUAUACUGUUCAGUUUCCAGUAGGUCUGUCUAUACUGUUCAGUUUCAUGUAGGUCUGUCUAUACUGUUCAGUUUCCAGUAGGUCUGUCUAUACUGUUCAGUUUCCAGUAGGUCUGUUUAUACUGUUCAGUUUCAUGUAGGUCUGUCUAUACUGUUCAGUUUCAUGUAGGUCUGUCUAUACUGUUCAGUUUCCAGUAGGUCUGUCUAUACUGUUCAGUUUCCAGUAGGUCUGUUUAUACUGUUCAGUUUCCAGUAGGUCUGUCUAUACUGUUCAGUUUAAAGGAGGUCUGUCUAUACUGUUCAGUUACCAGUAGGUCUGUAUAUCCUGUUCAGUUUCCAGUAGGUCUGUCUAUACUGUUCAGUUUCCAGUAGGUCUGUAUAUACUGUUCAGUUUAAAGGAGGUAUGUAUAUACUGUUCAGUUACCAGUAGGUCUGUAUAUACUGUUCAGUUACCAGUAGGUUUGUCUAUACUGUUCAGUAGGUCUGUCUAUACUGUUCAGUUUCCAGUAGGUCUGUCUAUACUGUUCAGUUUCAUGUAGGUCUGUCUAUACUUUUCAGUUUCCAGUAGGUCUGUCUAUACUGUUCAGUUUCCAGUAGGUCUGUCUAUAAUGUUCAGUAGGUCUGUUUAUACUGUUCAGUUUCCAGUAGGUCUGUCUAUACUGUUCAGUAGGUCUGUAUAUACUGUUCAGUUUCAUGUAGGUCUGUCUAUACUGUUCAGUUUCCAGUAGGUCUGUCUAUACUGUUCAGUUACCAGUAGGUCUGUCUAUACUGUUCAGUUUCAUGUGGUCUGUCUAUACUGUUCAGUUUCCUGUAGGUCUGUCUAUACUGUUCAGUUUCCAGUAGGUCUGUCUAUACUGGUCAGUUACCAGUAGGUCUGUCUAUACUGUUCAGUUUCCAGUAGGUCUGUUUCAGAGUUCAUACGGCUAUCGUGUGGCUCACUGAAGGAUCACUACAAUUUGGGUCCAAGGGCUAUGUGAAAAAAGUGUUUUUAAUUUCAAAGCUUCCCAAAUGUGUUCUACAGUCGUGGUCAAAAGUUUUGAGAAUGACACAAAUACUAAUUUUCACAAAGUCUGCUGCCUCAGUUUUUAUGAUGGCAAUUUGCAUAUACUCCAGAAUGUUAUGAAGAGUGAUCAGAUGAAUUGCAAUUAAUUGCAAAGUCCCUCUUUGCCAUGAAAAUGAACUUAAUCCCCCAAAAACAUUUCCACUUCAUUUCAGCUCUGCACAAAAGGACCAGCUGACAUAUAAUAUGCCAUUUAGCAGACGCUUUUAUCCAAAGCGACUUACAGUCAUGCGUGCAUACGUUUUUUUUGUUUUGUUUUUUGUGUAUGGGUGGUCCCGGGGAUCGAACCCACUACCUUGGCGUUACAAGCACCGUGCUCUACCAGCUGAGCUACAGAGGACCACAUCAUGUUAGUGAUUCUCUCGUUAACACAGGUGAGAGUGUUGACGAGGACAAGGCUGGAGAUCACUCUGACAUGCUGAUUGAGUUAGAAUAACAGACUGGAAGCUUUAAAAGGAGGGUGGUGCUUGAAAUCAUUGUUCUUCCUCUGUUAACCAUGGUUACCUGCAAAGAAAAACACGUGCUGUCAUCAUUGCUUUGCACAAAAAGGGCUUCACAGGCAAGGAUAUUGCUGCUAGUAAGAUUGCACCAAAAUCAACCAUUUAUCGGAUCAUCAAGAACUUCAAGGAGAGAGGUUCAAUUGUUGUGAAGAAGGCUUCAGGGCGCCCAAGAAAGUCCAGCAAGUGCCAGGACUGUCUCCUAAAGUUGAUUCAGCUGCGGGAUCGGGGCACCACCAGUGCAGAGCUUGCUCAGAAAUGGCAGCAGGCAGGUGUGAGUGCAUCUGCACGCACAGUGAGGCGAAGACUUUUGGAGGAUGGCCUGGUGUCAAGAAGGGCAGCGAGGAAGCCACUUAUCUCCAGGAAAAACAUCAGGGACAUAUUGAUAUUCUACAAAAGGUACAGGGAUUGGACUGCUGAGGACUGGGGUAAAGUCAUUUUCUCUGAUGAAUCCCCUUUGUGAUUGUUUGGGGCAUCCGGAAAACCAUCCGGAAAACCAUCAGUCCUGUGUCAUGCCAACAGUAAAGCAUCCUGAGACCAUUCAUGUGUGGGGUUGCUUCUCAGCCAAGGGAGUGGGCUCACUCACAAUUUUGCCUAAGAACACAGCCAUGAAUAAAGAAUGUUAACAACACAUCCUCCGAGAGCAACUUCUCCCAACCAUCCAAGAACAGUUUGGUGACAACCAAUGCCUUUUCAAGCAUGAUGGAGCACCUUGCCAUAAGGCAAAAGUGAUAACUAAGUGGCUCGGGCAACAAAACAUCGACAUUUUGGGUCCAUGGCCAGGAAACUCCCCAGACCUUAAUCCCAUUGAGAACUUGUGGUCAAUCCUCAAGAGGCGGGUGGACAAACAAAACCCCACAAAUUCUGACAAACUCCAAGCAUUGAUUAUGCAACAAUGGGCUGCCAUCAGUCAGGAUGUGGCCCAGAAGUUAAUUGACAGCAUGCCAGGGCGGAUUGCAGAGGUCUUGAAAAAGAAGGGUCAACACUGCAAAUAUUGACUCUUUGCAUAAACUUAAUGUAAUUGUCAAUAAAAGCAUUUGACACUUAUGGAAUGCUUGUAAUUAUACUUCAGUAUACCAUAGUAACAUCUGACAAAAAAUAUCUCAGAACACUGAAGCAGCAAACUUUGUGAAGACCAAUACUUGUGUCCAUUCUUAAAACUUUUGACCACGACUGUAUAUACUGACAGUUUUCUUCUUCUGUUCCUGCAGUGAACUUACUGGACUCUCGUUCUGUCAUGGGGGACCUGGGGUGGAUAGCCUACCCAAAGAAUGGGGUGAGUGUCACUUCAUACAUGCUCACACAAAUCACACAAACUCAGUCUCCUUUUCAGUCUGCCUGAACCAAUCCUCACACUACCUUGUCCCGGACCCGCUGUUUUCCACUCUCUCUCUCUCCCUCUCUCUCUCUCUCUCUCUCUCCCUCUCUCCCUCACCUGCUGUCUCGACCUCUGAAUGCUCGGCUAUGAAAAGCCAACUGACAUUUACUCCUGAGGUACUGACCUGUUGCACCCUCUACAACCACUUUGAUUAUUAUUUGACACUGCUGGUCAUCUAUGAACGUUUGAACGUCUUGAAGAACGAUCUGGCCUUAAAUGGCCAUGUACUCUUAUAAUCUCCACCCGGCACAGCCAGAAGAGGACUGGCCACCCCUCAGAGCCUGGUUCCUCUCUAGGUUUCUUCAUAGGUUUCUGCCUUUGUAGGGAGUUUUUCCUAGCCACGGUGCUUCUACAUCUGCAUUGCUUGCUGUCUGGGGUUUUAGGCUGGGUUUCUGUAAAGCACUUUGUGACAUCUGCUGAUGUAAAACGGGCUUAAUAAAUACAUUUGAUUGAUUUUGAUUGAAGGGGAGGGGAGGGGGGGGAGAAGGGAGGGGAGGGGGUUAAAUGGAGGGGGGGGGGGGAGAAGGGAGGGGAGGGGGUUAAAUGGAGGGGAGGGGAGAAUGGAGGGGAGGGGGAAGUUCUGGGCUGAUUCCUCACCGUUCUCAUGAUCAUUGCAACUCCACGAGGUGAGAUCUUGCAUGGAGCCCCAGGCCGAGGGAGAUUGACAGUUAUUUUGUGUUUCUUCCAUUUGCGGGUAAUCGCACCAACUGUUGUCACCUUCUCACCAAGCUGCUUGGCGAUGGUCUUGUAGCCCAUUCCAGCCUUGUGUAGGUCUACAAUCUUGUCCCUGACAUCCUUGGAGAGCUCUUUGGUCUUGGCCAUGGUGGAGAGUUUGGAAUCUAAUUGAUUGCUUCUGUGGACAGGUGCCUUUUAUACAGGUAACAAGCUGAGAUUAGGAGCACUCCCUUUAAGAGUGUGCGCCUAAUCUCAGCUCGUUACCUGUAUAAAAGACACCUGGGAGCCAGAAAUCUUUCUGAUUGAGAGGGGGUCAAAUACUUCUUUCCCUCAUUUAAAAUGUAAAUCAAUUUAUAACAUUUUUGACAUGAGUUUUUCUGGAUUUUGUUGUUGUUAUUCUGUCUCUCACUGUUCAAAUAAACCUACCAUUAAAAUUAUAGACUGAUCAUUUCUUUUGUCAGUGGGCAAACGUACAACAUCAGCAGGGGAUCAAAUACUUUUUUCCCUCACUGUAGAUAGAACACAGCUACAGUGCUGAUCAUUGUUUACGCCCAUUUAGCAUGGUUCACACCCUCUUAAGCCUUAGACCCACCCAUCUCUUAGCGGAUUCACGUUGGAACAUGUGACUGUGGCCAUGUGCUAAAGCAGUGAGGUAGUGCUUAAAAAACAAAGAAAACAUGUCAACAAUCAAAUACUUUAUUAACUUCAAGUGCUAAAGGUAGUAGCCUACAAUCAGGACAAAACUUAAAACACAUAAAGGCUUAGGUAAAAACAAUAUCUAGACCUAGGCCCAUAUCAUAAGAUCCUUUGAGUAACUUUGGUUCAGGUCAUGUUAUUAUAUGAACAAAGGAAUCGAGCCUGAGAGCAUAUUUCUGUCCUCUCCUUUGGUGUAGGACAUGUAAUGUCCAUGGCCUUUUCAUUAUAAAAGUAUUGAUCUUCUCAAAAAUAUAUGUUUGCCGGGUUGUGUCCAGUCCAGGGAAUGCUUUCACAUCUCUGGGAGGAAGGACGUCAACGUUGCACAGCAGCUGAAACCUGGUUCCAUCUGAGUGAAAGCUCCUUGGCCACAACAACACCAGGCUCCAGACAGUUAAAGCUGUAAAGGAAGAAAGCAGACAAAUAGACAAUACAUUAAAACCUGCAUAGCAGCAAUAACAUAUUAAUUGACCCCCAAGGUCAAGCAAUAAGCUCAAAGUACAAAGACAAAAUACCUGAAGCGUUGCUUGUUCACCCUCGAUCAUCUCCUUGUACUGGAGGCAAGACAAAUUCCAGAAAAAUAGGUUAAAACAUGAAUUAAUUCAUGUCCUAUAGCUUGUUGUUGCCCGUUGACUGCUACAGCUGUGACCCUGAACCUGCUUUCCGUCCAACAAUGGCAAUGCAGACACAAGAUAACUAGCUAGAUUUAGCAAAUGUUUAGCUUCAUAAUUACCAGCUGGCUAGAUGAAAAUGGUAUCCAUCUAGCUAGCCAGCUAGUUGAGCAUCGUGGCUAUCUAGCUAGCCAACUUAGCAUGUGUCCCUAUAACGUAACAUGGGGUUUGAUUAGCUUGCCAAUCACUUAGCAUUCGCACCGCAGUGUCUAUUUUCGGUAGCUAGCUAGUUAAACAUGACAAAUUGGCAAACAUGACAAAGAUGAUCAUCAUGUCAUGCAUGGCUUAGCACAUCAGCAAUCAACAUUAACAGCAGAAUACAACUGGCUAGCUCAGCUAAAAUGUAAAAAUGUAAAUGUUAACGUCGCUUUGUCCUGCAACGAGCAAUCUGUAAACAAUGGCUUGUUGCGGGAUGAAGCAAGCUAUAGCAUUUCGCUACACCCGCAAUAACAUCUGCUAAAUAUGUGAAUGUGACCAAUACAAUUUGGUUUGAUUUGUAUAACGGUACCUGUAUGCAUCUGUCUAGCUAUAGCUUGCUUCAUCCCGCAACAAGCUAUUUUUUACUGAUGGCUCAUUGCGGGACGAAGCAAUGUUAAGACAGCUAGAUGAGCUAGCCAGUUGCAUUCUGCUGUUAAUGUUGAUUGCUGAUGUGCUAAGCCAUGCAUGACAUGAUGAUACUCUUUCAUUGCUAGCUAGCUGGACAGAUGCAUACAGGUACCACUAUAAAAAUCAAACCAAAUAGCUAUAUAGCUAACAGUAGCUAGCAAUGAAAAUGACAUUUUGAUACAGUUGAGACAAUAACUUACAGUGGGGGAAAAAAAAUAUUUAGUCAGCCACCAAUUGUGCAAGUUCUCCCACUUAAAAAGAUGAGAGAGGCCUGUAAUUUACAUCAUAGGUACACGUGAACUAUGACAGACAAAUUGAGCAUUUUUUUCUCCAGAAAAUCACACUGUAGGAUUUUUUAUGAAUUUAUUUGCAAAUUAUGGUGGAAAAUAAGUAUUUGGUCACCUACAAACAAGCAAGAUUUCAGGCUCUCACAGACCUGUAACUUCUUCUUUAAGAGGCUCCUCUGUCCUCCACUCGUAACCUGUAUUAAUGGCACCUGUUUGAACUUGUUAUCAGUAUAAAAGACACCUGUCCACAACCUCAAACAGUCACACUCCAAACUCCACUAUGGCCAAGACCAAAGAGCUGUCAAAGGACACCAGAAACAAAAUUGUAGACCUGCACCAGGCUGGGAAGACUGAAUCUGCAAUAGGUAAGCAGCUUGGUUUGAAGAAAUCAACUGUGGAAGCAAUUAUUAGGAAAUGGAAGACAUACAAGACCACUGAUAAUCUCCCUCGAUCUUGGGCUCCACGCAAAUCUAACCCCGUGGGGUCAAAAUGAUCACAAGAACGGUGAGCAAAAAUCCCAGAACCACACGGGGGGACCUAGUGAAUGACCAGCAGAGAGCAGGGACCAAAGUAACAAAGCCUACCAUCAGUAACACACUACGCCGCCAGGGACUCAAAUCCUGCAGUGCCAGACGUGUCCCCCUGCUUAAGCCAGUACAUGUCCAGGCCCGUCUGAAGUUUGCUAGAGUGCAUUUGGAUGAUCCAGAAGAGGAUUGGGAGAAUGUCAUAUGGUCAGAUGAAACCAAAAUAUAACUUUUUGGUAAAAACUCAACUCGUCUUGUUUGGAGGACAAAGAAUGCUGAGUUGCAUCCAAAGAACACCAUACCUACUGUGAAGCAUGGGGGUGGAAACAUCAUGCUUUGGGGCUGUUUUUCUGCAAAGGGACCAGGACGGCUGAUCCGUGUAAAGGAAAGAAUGAAUGGGGCCAUGUAUCGUGAGAUUUUGAGUGAAAACCUCCUUCCAUCAGCAAGGGCAUUGAAGAUGAAACGUGGCUGGGUCUUUCAGCAUGACAAUGAUCCCAAACACACCGCCCGGGCAACGAAGGAGUGGCUUCGGUCAAGGUCCUGGAGUGGCCUAGCCAGUCUCCAGAUCUCAACCCCAAUAAAAAUCUUUGGAGGGAGUUGAAAGUCUGUGUUGCCCAGCGACAGCCCCAAAACAUCACUGCUCUAGAGGAGAUCUGCAUGGAGGAAUGAGCCAAAAUACCAGCAACAGUGUGUGAAAACCUUGUGAUGACUUACAGAAAACGUUUGACCUGUGUCAUUGCCAACAAAGGGUAUAUAACAAAGUAUUGAGAAACUUUUGUUAUUGACUAAAUACUUAUUUUCCACCAUAAUUUGCAAAUAAAUUCAUUAAAAAUCCUACAAUGUGAUUUUCUGGAGAAAAAAAAUCUCAAUUUGUCUGUCAUAGUUGACGUGUACCUAUGAUGAAAAUUACAGGCCUCUCUCAUCUUUUUAAGUGGGAGAACUUGCACAAUUGGUGGCUGACUAAAUACUAUUUUUCCCCACUGUAUGUACAUGUAGCUAUAUUAACAUUUUAACUGCAGACUCUUACCAGAUUAUGAUGAUUCACCGCAGACUUAAACACUUUAGAAAUAAUCCAUCCCACUAGGCUUCAACCAGUCCAAACUGCUCUCCAUCUCAGCUCUCUUAGUUCUCUCUUUCUCUCUAUUUCUCUCUUUCUCUCCCUCUCAGCUGUCUCUUCUCUCUCUCUCUUUCUCUCCUUCUCAGCUGUCUCUCUCUCUCUCUCUCUCUCUCUCUCUCUCUCUCUCCUCUCUCUCUCUCUCUCUCCUUCUCUCUCUCUCUCUCUCUCUCUCUCUCUCUCUCUCUCUCUCUCUCAUUCUGUAAUGAGGGGCUAGAGGGGAUGCCUAGAGACUGAGCACUUGGGUUUGGAGUGUGUGUGAUGUUUAGUGCACAGUUGAGCCCCAGAAAUAGGGAUGGUUUGAAGUGAAGGGGGGAUUCAGGGAGGAUAGAGAGGAGGAAAUGAAGGGGACGAAAUAGAGAAGGAUAAAAAGAUGCUGGGAGGAAGAACACAGGUAAAGGUCAGAUAAAGGUCAGAUAAAAGUCAGGUAAAGGUCAGGUUAAUGAAUGCUUUCUAUUAUCUAACACACAGUUGUUCUGUCUAUAGGUACAGAGAACCGGAUGGUAGAGGUCUCUAAGGAUACUUACACAGUGCUAAUAAACUUUAUGAUCAGGAUUUCUAGAUAGAAACACAAACAUUGCAAAGUAAACCCAGUGACACUGGCCAAUUGCACUGAGUAUACAAAACAUUAAGAACACCUUCUCUUUCCAUGACAUAGACUGAUCAAGUAAAUCCAGGUGAAAGCUAUGAUCCCUUAUUAAUGUCACUUGUUAAAUCCACUUCAAUCAGUGUAGAUGAAGGGGCGGAGACAGGUUAAAGAAGGAUUUUUAAGCCUUGAGACAAUUGAGACCUUGAUUGCGUAUGUGUGCCAUUCAGAGGGUGAAUGGGCAAGACAAAAUAUUUAAAUGCCUUUGAAUGGGGUAUGGUAGUAGGUGCCAGGCAUACCGGUUUGAGUGUGUCAAGAACUGCAACAAUUCUUGGUUUUUCACGUCAAUAGUUUACUGUGUGUAUCAAGAGUGGUCCACCACCCAAAGGACUGUGGGAAGCAUUGGAGUCAACAUGGGCCAGCAUCCCUGUGGAACGCUUUCGACACCUUGUAGAGUCCAUGCACAGGCGAAUUGAAGCUUUUCUGAGGGCAAAAGGGGGUGCAACUCAAAAUUAGGAAGGUGUUCCUAAUGUUUUGUCCACUCAUUGCAUCUCUGGUACAUCCUGGGUAAACCCUUUGUGUGAGUGUACUGUACUUCAAGUCGUUGUUAAGAGCACCUUGUUACAUCUUUCUGGGUGUCUCAAUGUUAAGAGCACCUUGUUACAUCUUUCUGGGUGCUUCCUAACUGUAGUGCACUAUAUAUGGAGUAGGGUGCUGUUAGUGUGUUAGGCCUAAUCUGUCUUAAAGCCCAGUCCAACCUGUUACUUUACCUCCUGUUUAUCAGCGUUAAGAGGAUUUGUCACUGUGGUCUCUGCUGGGUGUGUGUGUGUGUGUGUGUGUGUGUGUGUGUGUGUGUGUGUUCUACUCUGCUGGGUGUGUGUGUGUGUGUGUGUGUGUGUGUGUGUGUGUGUGUGUGUGUUCUACUCUGCUGGGUGUGUGUGUGUGUGUUCUACUCUGCUGUGUGUGUGUGUGUGUGUGUGUGUGUGUGUGUGUGUGUGUGUGUGUGUGUUCUACUCUGCUGGGGGUGUCAUCAGGGGUCCACUUAGACCUCAGACUCAGCACAGACACCUGCAUGUAGACAGACAGACAGGCAGGCAGGCAGGCAGGUAGACAGACAGGUAGACAGGCAGGCAGGCAGGCAGACAGACAGGCAGACAGACAGACAGACAGGCAGACAGGCAGUCAAGCAGACAGGCAGACAGACAGGCAGGCAGCAGACAGACAGUCAAGCAGACAGUCAGGCAGACAGACAGGCAGACAGACAGACAGACAGACAGACAGACAGGCAGUCAAGCAGACAGUCAGGCAGGCAGACAGACAGGCAGACAGACAGGCAGACAGACAGGUAGACAGGCAGACAGACAGACACAAUAACAUUCUAAUGUGGAUUUGCAUUUUCAGAUGUGAAAAUCACAUUUGCUUUUUGAAUUGUUCUGUCCCAUGUUACACAACCUAGUUUUUUAGCAGUCGUUCAAUCUUCUCGUUGUAACAAUUAGGAUAAUGGGACAAUUCUGAGUACAACGCAAUUUCUCAUCCCUGUAUUGAGGUACGUUUUCUGAGCCAUACCUCAAAUCAAAUCAAAUCAAAUUGUAUUUGCCACAUGCACCGAUUACAACAGGUGUAGACCUUACAGUGAAAUGCUUACUUACAAGCCCUUAACCAACAAUGCAGAUUUUAAGAAAAAUAUGUGUUAAGUAAAGAAAUAGAUCAGUAAAAAAUAUUAAUACAAAAUAAUUAAAGAGCAGCAGUAAAAUAAAAUAACAGUAGGGAGGCUAUAUACAGGGGGGUACCGGUGCAGAGUCAAUGUGUGGGGGCACUGGUUAGUCGAGGUAAUUGAGGCAAUAUGUACAUGUGGGUAGAGUUAAUUUAACUAUACAUAAAUAAUAAACAGAGAGUAGCAGCAGCGUUAAAAGAGGUGGUGUCAAAUAGUCCGAGUAGCCAUGAUUAGCUGUUCAGGAGUCUUAUGGCUUGGGGGGGUAGAAGACGUCGUGUCUUCUGGGCCACAUCCUGACUGAUGGCAGCCCAUUCUUGCAUAAUCAAUGCUUGGAGUUUGUCAGAAUUUGUGGGGUUUUGUUUGUCCACCCGCCUCUUGAGGAAAAGUUCUCAAUGGGAUUAAGGUCUGGGGAGUUUCCUGGCCAUGGACCCAAAAUGUCGAUGUUUUGUUGCCCGAGCCACUUAGUUAUCACUUUUGCCUUAUGGCAAGGUGCUCCAUCAUGCUGGAAAAGGCAUUGGUUGUCACCAAACUGUUCUUGGAUGGUUGGGAGAAGUUGCUCUCGGAGGAUGUGUUGGUACCAUUCUUUAUUCAUGGCUGUGUUCUUAGGCAAAAUUGUGAGUGAGCCCACUCCCUUGGCUGAGAAGCAACCCCACACAUGAAUGGUCUCAGGAUGCUUUACUGUUGGCAUGACACAGGACUGAUGGUAGCGCUCACCUUGUCUUCUCAGGACAAGGUGUUUUCCGGAUGCCCCAAACAAUCGCAAAGGGGAUUCAUCAGAGGAAAUGACUUUACCCCAGUCCUCAGCAAUCCAAUCCCUGUACCUUUUGCAGAAUAUCAGUCUGUCCCUGAUGUUUUUCCUGGAGAUAAGUGGCUUCUUUGCUGCCCUUCUUGACACCAGGCCAUCCUCCAAAAGUCUUCGCCUCACUGUGUGUGCAGAUGCACUCACACCUGCCUGCUGCCAUUUCUGAGCAAGCUCUGCACUGGUGGUUCCCCGAUCCCGCAGCUGAAUCAUCUUUAGGAGACGGUCCUGGCGCUUGCUGGACUUUCUUGGGCGCCCUGACGCCUUCUUCACAACAAUUGAACCUCUCUCCUUGACGUUCUUGAUGAUCCGAUAAAUGGUUGAUUUAGGUGCAAUCUUACUAGCAGCAAUAUCCUUGCCUGUGAAGCCCUUUUUGUGCAAAGCAAUGAUGACGGCACGUGUUUCCUUGCAGGUAACCAUGGUUAACAGAGGAAGAACAAUGAUUUCAAGCACCACCCUCCUUUUAAAGCUUCCAGUCUGUUAUUCUAACUCAAUCAGCAUGACAGAGUGAUCUCCAGCCGUGUCCUCAUCAACACUCUCACCUGUGUUAACGAGAGAAUCACUGACAUGAUGUCAGCUGGUCCUUUUGUGGCAGGGCUGAAAUGCAGUGGAAAUGUUUUUGGGGGAUUAAGUUCAUUUUCAUGGCAAAGAGGGACUUUGCAAUUCAUUGCAAUUCAUCUGAUCACUCUUCAUGACAUUCUGGAGUAUAUGCAAAUUGCCAUCAUAAAAACUGAGGCAGCAGACUUUGUGAAAAUUAGUAUUUGUGUCAUUAUCAAAACGUUUAACCUCGACUGUACACACAAUACCCCAUAAUGACAAAGUAAAAACAGUUUUUUUUAUUAAACGUAAAAAACGGAAAUAUGACAUUUACAUAAGUAUUCAGACCUUUUACUCAGUACUUUGUUGAUGCACCUUAAGCAGCGAUUACAGCCUCGUGUCUUCUUGGGUAUGACGCUACAAGCUUGGCACACCUGUAUUUGGGGAGUUUCUCCCAUUCUUCUCUGCAGAUCCUCUCAAGCUCUGUCAUGUUGGAUGGGGAGCAUCGCUGUACAGCUAUUUUCAGGUCUCUCCAGAGAUGUUCGAUCGGAUUCAAGUCCGGGCUCUGGCUGGGCCACUCAAGGACAUUCAGACACUUGUCCCGAAGCCACUCCUGCAUUAUCUUGGCUGUUUGCUUAGGGUCGUUGUCCUGUUGGAAGGUGAACCUUCACCCCAGUCUGAGGUCAUGAGCGCUCUGGAGUAGGUUUUUAUCAAGGAUCUCUCUGUACUUUGCUCAAUUCAUCUUUCCCUCGAUCCUGACUAGUCUCCCAGUCCCUGCCGCUGAAAAACAUCCCCACCGCAUGAUGCUACCACCACCAUGCUUCACCGUAGGGAUGGUGCCAGGUUUCCUCCAGACGUGGCUCUUGGUAUUCAGGCUAAAUAUUUCAAUCUUGAUUUCAUCAGACUAGAGAAUCUUGUUUCUCAUGGUAAGAGUACUUUAGGUGGCUUUUGGCAAACUCUAUGCGGGCUGUCAUGUGCCUUUUACUGAGGAGUGGCUUCUGUCUGGCCACUCUACCAUAAAGGCCUGAUUGGUGGAGUGCUGCAGAGAUGGUUGUCCUUCUGGAAGGUUCUCCCAUCUCCACAAGGAACUCUGGAGCUCUGUCAGAGUUACCAUCGGGUUCUUGGUCACCUCCCUGGAAGAGUCUUGGUGGUUCCAAACUUCUUCCAUUUAAGAAUGAUGGAGGCCACUGUGCUCUUGGGGACCUUCAAUGCUGCUGACAUUUUUUGGUACCCUUCCCCAGAUCUGUGCCUCGACACAAUCCUGUCUCAGAGCUCUACGGACAAUUCCUUCGACCUCAUGGCUUGGUUUCUGCUCUGACAUGUACUGUCAACUGUGGGACCUUAUCUAGACAGGUGUGUGCCUUUCCAAAUCAUGUCCAACCAAUUGAAUUUACCACAGGUGGACUCCAAUCAAGUUGUAGAAACAUCUCAAGGAUGAUCAAUGGAAACAGGAUGCAUCAAUUUUGACUCUUAUAGCAAAGGGUCUGUUUUUUAUGGGGUAUUGUGUUUAGAUUGAUGAGAACAUUUAUUUAAUCCAUUUUAGAUUAAGGCUGUAACCUAACAAAAUGUGGAAAGGGUCUGAAUACUUUCCGAAUGCACUGUAAACAGGAAGCCUGUCUGACCCCAGUGCAGCUGUAAGCAGGUAUAAGGUCGGAAUCUAUUCUGGCUACUAGACUGGUGGCCUAGUCAGUAUGCAGUAUUGCUGUGACUGAGAUAGGAGCGUGACAUCAUAGCCUAUUGAUCUCAGAGCCUACACCAAGGCAGGACAUAGAAACACUAUCUAUUGAUCUCAGAGCCUACACCAAGGCAUGACAUAGAAACACUAUCUAUUGAUCUCAGAGCCUACACCAAGGCAGGACAUAGAAACACUAUCUAUUGAUCUCAGAGCCUACACCAAGGCAGGACAUAGAAACACUAUCUAUUGAUCUCAGAGCCUACACCAAGGCAGGACAUAGAAACACUAUCUAUUGAUCUCAGAGCCUACACCAAGGCAGGACAUAGAAACACUAUCUAUUGAUCUCAGAGCCUACACCAAGGCAGGACAUAGAAACACUAUCUAUUGAUCUCAGAGCCUACACCAAGGCAGGGCAUAGAAACACUAUCUAUUGAUCUCAGAGCCUACACCAAGGCAUGACAUAGAAACACUAUCUAUUGAUCUCAGAGCCUACACCAAGGCAGGACAUAGAAACACUAUCUAUUGAUCUCAGAGCCUACACCAAGGCAUGACAUAGAAACACUAUCUAUUGAUCUCAGAGCCUACACCAAGGCAGGACAUAGAAACACUAUCUAUUGAUCUCAGAGCCUACACCAAGGCAGGGCAUAGAAACACUAUCUAUUGAUCUCAGAGCCUACACCAAGGCAGGACAUAGAAACACUAUCUAUUGAUCUCAGAGCCUACACCAAGGCAGGACAUAGAAACACUAUCUAUUGAUCUCAGAGCCUACACCAAGGCAGGACAUAGAAACACUAUCUAUUGAUCUCAGAGCCUACACCAAGGCAGGACAUAGAAACACUAUCUAUUGAUCUCAGAGCCUACACCAAGGCAUGACAUAGAAACACUAUCUAUUGAUGAACUAAAUAUUGAACAAUCAUUGUUAUUUUGCACUAUAUGGGCUGUAGCAUUUACUUUAAAUGGUUUGAAUAGACAAUCAUUGAAAAACACUACUAUCAUUUAUGCACAAUGCGGACAGUGUCCGCUAUAGGCGGCAUGCGUGUUUUGUUAGAAAAAUAUUAAAUAAUUCUGCCCUCUCAGAAAUAUGAUCUGAUUGACCACUUUCUUUUAGAAAUGGACAAGGCCCAGUUCCAACAUUUCCAAAUCAUACAACAAAUGAGGGCAUUUUUGUUACCAUAGAAGGUGAAUGGAGGGCGUUUUCCAGGCGGGGUUCACGGCCGCACAAAUAUAAAAUGGCUCUGAUUUUAUCAAUGAAAACAUGCUUAUAUGUUGCAUGCGACAGUUUGAUAAAUCCCAAUAAUUUGGGGCGCAUGCAAAUCUUACAAUCUCCACGUACGGCAACAUUUAGCAAGACCUAUUUCAGUAAAUUCACAGUUAGGCCCCAGAUCUGAACCAAAUUGAACACUUCUGGGAGAUUCAGGAGCGGCGCCAGAGACAGCGUUUUCCACCACCAUCAACAAAGCACCAAAUUAUAGAAUUUAUUGUGGAAGAAUGGUGUCACAUCCCUCCAAUAGAGUUCCAGACACCUGUAGAAUCCAUGCCAAGAACAUUGAUGCUGUUCUGGGC